ACCCUCCACACACGACAACUCUGUCGGGAGGAGGUUCCGGUGCUUGUCAGCUGAGAGAGAGAGAGAGGGGGAGAGCGAGAGCGAUCCUCCUUGGCACACAUUGCCAGUGUGGCAGUGAGAUUUUGACUAACUGGCUGACUGACUGGGGGAUUCUGGAGGAAUCACACGGGGAAGGGACUACACGCUCUCCGGUUUUCUCUUUUUCCCACCCCUUUCUCUCCUUCUAGUCUGUCAUCGCCGGAGAGGUCGAUGGUUUUGUAGCCUGCAUCCAUCUCAGCGGCGGAUUUUGUUUUAUUUCUCCUCUCCUCUAUUGGCCGAACCGGGGCUGAUCCCAGCCAACCUGGGCCGGGCCGUGGAGCUAUUCAGCGAGCCUUAUAGCUGAAGUUGGCGGCACCCGAGAUGAGCGCCUUGAGACCCGGGAGCGGGGCUCUCUCCUCGCCGGGGAGACGGUUUGGGUCGUGGCGGUGCUGCUGCUGGUGGUGGUGGGUGUUGGUAGUCGGGGUGGCGGUAGGUUCGGGUGAUCCGUGGAUGUCCGCCGAGGCAUGCCCCUCUUCUUGUUCCUGCAGCAGCACCAGGAUUUCUUGCGUGGACCCGGAGCGGGGUAUCAAUGCCUUCCCCGUCCUGCAAACCGAGGCAGAGAUGGAGAACAUCACCGACAUUUACAUCGCAAACCAGAGCAGCUUCUCCUCCAUCAGCGACAAAGACCUGCACUACUACAAGAAUCUCAGGAACCUAACGGUGACCAACAGCAGGCUAACAUAUGUAUCAAAGCUGGCCUUUCAGAACAACUUUAAACUGCAGUACUUGAAUCUGAAAGAUAACAACCUGUCAUCCCUGUCCUGGAGGAUAUUCAAACACCUCAACAUCUCUUAUCUGAUCCUGUCUGGAAACCCUCUCCACUGCUCCUGUGAGAACAUGUGGAUCAAACUGUGGUUAGGAGAGGAAGCAGACAUUCAGGAGCUACGCUGCAUUGAGGACGGAGGAGCACGCAAACUGCUGUCCAGACUGACAUUACCUAACUGUGAGGUUCCCACGGCAACGUUAACCCCAUCCAAUUUGACCAAAAUGGAGGGAGAGAAUAUGGAGCUGUUGUGUACGACCUCUGGUGUCCCAUCUCCUGAGCUGUUCUGGGAUAUGAUACGUGUCGCCUACUAUGAGAUAGCAACAUCGGGCCAGACUUCCAAGCUGCAACUGUUUAACCUGUCUUCCACGGACCACAACAGCAAGAUCAGCUGCACAGCUGAAAACAUUGUAGGAGACAAAGAGUCCUCUGUGGUGCUGAAUAUACUAUUUCCUCCCAAAAUCACAAAGCUGAGUGAUGCAAUUCCAGAUCAUCAUUGGUGUAUUCCCUUCAGCGUGACAGGAAACCCUAAGCCAACUUUCAAGUGGUCACAGAAUGGUAAGCCAGUGAAGGAGGGGCAGUACAUCUUCACCAGGAUCCACGACUACGCUGAGAGAGAGUACCAUGGCUGCUUGCAGUUGGACAGCCCUACACACAUCAACAAUGGGCGUUACAAACUAGAGGUUGCAAACCCCUAUGGCACAGACGAAAAAGAAGUUGAUGCUCAUUUCAUGCACAUGCCUUCCGAUGCAACAGAUCCGGAGCCUUACUAUUAUGCAGAUCAAACCACAGACACCCCUCCUCCGAAUCAACACGAGGACAGAGUCGCUGUGUACGUGGUGGUGGGCAUCGCUGCUGUAGCCUUCACUGGUUUCCUUGUAAUGUUGAUUAUUCUCAAGUUUGGAGGAAACUCCAAGUUUGGCAUCAAAGGACCAUCUUCAGUGAUCAGCAAUGACGAUGACUCUGCCUCUCCUCUUCACCACGUCUCCAAUGGCAGCAACACUCCUUCGUCAUCGGAGAUGGGCCCUGACGCAGUAAUCAUCGGCAUGACCAAGAUCCCAGUGAUCGAAAACCCUCAAUACUUCAGAAGCACAAACAGCCUGCUCAAGACUGACACAUUUGUCCAGCAUAUUAAAAGACAUAACAUUGUGCUGAAGAGAGAGCUGGGAGAGGGAGCCUUUGGGAAAGUCUUCCUGGCUGAGUGUUAUAACCUUUCACCUGACCAGGAGAAGAUACUGGUGGCCGUCAAGACACUUAAAGAGGCCAGCGAAAAUGCCAGGAAGGAUUUCCAUCGUGAGGCUGAGCUGCUGACGAACCUUCAGCAUGAGCAUAUUGUCACUUUCUACGGAGUGUGCGUGGAGAGCGACCCGCUCAUUAUGGUGUUUGAGUACAUGAAACACGGUGACCUCAACAAGUUCCUCAGGGCUCAUGGUCCAGAUGCAGUUUUGAUGGCAGAGGGCCAGACCACCAGACCUGUGGAGCUGACCCAGUCUCAAAUGCUUCACAUUGCCCAGCAGAUAGCAUCUGGCAUGGUCUACCUGGCAUCACAACACUUUGUGCACCGUGACCUGGCCACAAGGAACUGCCUGGUGGGUGAGAACCUGCUGGUAAAGAUUGGAGACUUUGGCAUGUCAAGAGAUGUCUACAGCACUGACUACUACAGGGUAGGUGUUGGAGGUCAUACCAUGCUGCCCAUCCGCUGGAUGCCUCCUGAAAGCAUCAUGUACAGGAAGUUCACAACAGAAAGUGAUGUUUGGAGCCUCGGAGUUGUUCUCUGGGAGAUCUUCACCUAUGGAAAACAACCUUGGUACCAGCUCUCCAAUAAUGAGGUGAUAGAGUGUAUAACCCAGGGCAGGGUGCUGCAGCGCCCUAGGACCUGUCCUAAAGAAGUGUAUGACCUGAUGCUGGGCUGCUGGCAGAGAGAGCCACACAUGCGUCUCAACAUUAAAGAAAUCCACAGUCUGCUCCUCAACCUGGCCAAGGCCUCGCCUGUGUACCUGGAUAUACUGGGCUGAACGCAGAAGGAGGCUGAAGAAGGGUUUUAGCUGUGUGUGUGUGCGACAUGUGUGCAUUUAUGUGGGGAUGGUCGCUGAAUGUGAACGUGAAUGCAUAUUUGUGGUUGCGUGCGUGUGUGUGCGAGCUGCAGGGUGCGAAGCUCAUACAGGUGUGCGUGUGUGCAAGGUGCCGCUGUACAGGAUGUGAAGCUAUUAUUAAACUCUCAAAGGCAAUCAAAAAAUUCCUCAACUGAUCCCCGAUCGCCUCUUUCUUCCCUGCCGAUGUCCUCUCCUUUAUGCAUUUCCAUCCCCCUUCCUUACCGAAGAGACAUUUAAGAGUAAUUUAACUUUGGAGUAAAAAGAAAAACAAAAAAACCCAAAAAAAACAACAGCAUCUCACUUAUUUUCAAAUGCUUUAAACUGACUGGGGCUAAACUGAUGAAACCUAAUUUAAAGGACUUUUAAAUGACUCAUUCCCUGCUGCCUGUUGGACAACAGGACUCGUUUGAACAUUUGCAAAUUUCGAGGAGCCGUGGCGAGGGGAGGAUUUCCGGAAGCUUCGAUCUUUUGCGUGUAAAUAUGAGACUGGCGAAGGAAAUGGCUCUGAGAGAUGUCGAGCCAUAAAGACACUGUGUUUUCCCCGCCCACCCUGUCGGUUUGU